AUGCAUUUUUAUCCGUAAUAUCAUGAUAAGAAUCCUUCUGGUCAAAAGUCACAAUUUCUUUUCUUUUUUAAUCUUAAGCGCUGUAUAGGCUACUUUAUUUGUUGUUUAGAUCAAGAAGGUGAAGCGAAGAAUCAUGGAAAUCAGUUGGUUAUUGCUUGUAUUCGCAAUCGUAGUUACAUCCAGUGCUGAUGACGAAGCAUCCACAUGUUCCAGGAAUCAGAAAACUUGUGCGCUGUUGGACAUAGCUGCAGAUUUGAUUUCAAAAGCGAAAGAAAGUUACAUCCAAGAAGAUAAUAAUGGCCAUUCCUGUAAGCUAACUGAAAAGCCGAUUGAUUGCUAUGACCUUCGAAUGAAAGGUCACAACAUUAGUGGACUGUAUAUAAUAUGGCCCCGAUGCCGCACCUCAACUUGCAAAUCUCUGGAAGUAUACUGCGAUAUGGAAACAGAUGGAGGAGGAUGGAUAGUUAUACAAAGGAGAGGAAGUACCUGGAGCUCCCCAGAUUCGUUUUACGGAGAUUGGGAAGAAUAUAAAAGAGGAUUUGGAAACAUCAGCUAUGAUUUUUGGCUAGGUAACGAGAACAUAUUUUCAUUAAGCAAUCAAGGACUAUAUUCGAUACGAUUUGAUCUCACAGAUGAACAAGGAGAAAGUCGUUAUGCUGUUUAUGACAUCUUUGCAAUUGACGACGAGAACAAAGAUUACAGGAUACAUAUCAAAGGAUAUAGUGGAGAUGCAGGGGAUAGUAUGGAGUUGAGUGAUGGUCGAACUUUUUCCACGAAAGACAGGAAGACUGAUGAAGAUGUUUCAGAGCAUUGCGCAAUGACAAGAAAAAGUGGCUGGUGGUUUAAAGAUUGCACUAAGGCCAAUUUGAAUGGCAUAUAUAUGCCAGGAGUUAAGUCUGCAAAGAGCAUGUACUGGAGUACAUGGCAAGCUCAUGUAGGAUUAAAAUAUACUGCCAUAAAACUAAGACCCAAAAACAUAAAAAAAUUCAUGUAAUAUUUAUGUGCUGAUAAAAACCUCAGAUUGAUAUUUAUUUUAUUAAAAACCUCUACGGAUUUCAAAGAGAUUGACAUAGAUCCUUUGCCUUCAUAGAAAAAAAGAUACUAUUUCUCUUAUUUCGUUAAAAAUCGACUAAAUAUUCGUUUAAACGAGAUUUGUGAAUGAGAAAUUCCGCUUAACUGAAAUGGUUAAGCAAAAUAACAUUAUAUCAACAAACCAAUUUUUUAAAUGCAUAUUUUUAAUUAUUUUUUUAUCAUUCAAAAAUAAAUAAAUAUUUUACAAUGUAAA